UUCGGCCCAAACAUUUGUAUAAUUGGCUACCGUCGCAUUCUUCUUCCGAACCAUGGCAGAACCAUCCACCGCCGCCGCCACCACCACCGCGGUGGACCCUCAGCCGCCAGUUACCAAAAGAUGGGCUGACGAAGCGGACGAAGAAACCGAAGCCUCCUCCACCGCCACCGCCACUGAAGCAUCUUCCGUCAACCUCGAUUCAUUAAAAAUCGAAGACAACGAUAAGAACCCUCCCAAACUCUUGGAUGACCCCGACGAUUCUAGCAUCCAAAAGGUUACCUCUGGAGAAACGCCGUACACGUCGGCUGCGAAGUUCGAGGACUUAAACCUCUCGCCGGAGCUUCUGAAAGGGCUCUACGUGGAGAUGAAGUUCAAGAAGCCGAGCAAGAUCCAGGCGAUAAGUUUGCCGAUGAUCCUCAACCCGCCGCACCGCGACCUCAUCGCGCAGGCGCACAACGGGUCUGGGAAGACCACGUGCUUCGUGCUUGGGAUGCUCAGCCGCGUCGAUCCCAAGGUGCAGGCGCCGCAGGCUCUCUGUGUCUGCCCUACUCGGGAGUUGGCUAAUCAGAACAUCGAGGUUCUCCGCAAGAUGGGGAAGUACACCGGGAUUGCGUCGGAAUGCGCUGUGCCGACGGAUAGCAAUGCGCUCUCGAUCGCGAAAAGGGCGCCGAUUAUGGCGCAGGUGGUGAUCGGAACCCCUGGCACCAUCAAGAAGUGGAUGAGCUUCAAGAAACUUGGGGCCGCCAGGUUGAAGAUUCUUGUUUUUGACGAGGCAGAUCAAAUGCUUGCGGAGGAUGGAUUUAAAGAUGAUUCCCUGAGGAUAAUGAAAGAAAUAGAAAAAGUCAAUUCUAAUUGUCAGGUUCUUCUGUUUUCUGCUACAUUUAAUGACACCGUCAAGAAUUUCGUUUCAAGGACAGUCAAAGAGGAUCAUAAUAAACUUUUUGUAAAGAAAGAAGAACUAUCUUUAGAUGCAGUGAAGCAAUAUAAAGUCUACUGUUCUGAUGAACUUGCGAAGAUUGAAGUGAUAAAAGAUUACAUAUUUGAAAUAGGAGAGAAUGUGGGGCAAACCAUCAUAUUUGUGCGUACAAGAAAUAGUGCACAAAUGUUGCAUAAAUCACUUGUUGACAUGGGCUACGAGGUUACAUCUAUACAAGGUGCUCUUGGUCAUGACGAGAGAGAGAAAAUUGUUAAGGAGUUCAGAGAUGGUUUGACUCCAGUUCUUAUUUCAACUGAUCUUCUAGCUCGUGGCUUUGAUCAGCAAACAGUACUGGGUCUUACUUGGAUUCCUAACAAACACACUGCCAGCUAUACCCGUGAACCUGAGCCUGAUUGUGAAGUGUAUUUGCAUAGGGUUGGCAGAGCUGGGCGCUUUGGGCGCAAAGGGGCUGUAUUUAACCUGAUUUGUGAUCAAAAGGAUGAAAGGCUCAUGUCGAAGAUUGAGAAUCACUUCGGCACUCGUGUAGCUGAGGUGCGAGCACAAAGUGUUGAAGACUAUAAACGUGCUCUCAAGGAAGCCGGUUUACUGCAAUGAUGUGAAUCUGCAUAAGUCGAAGGCUGUCGAUAACUGUUGUGUUUCUCCUCAAUGUGCCUGGAUUCUGGCCAAGGAAUUCGAUCAUAACAAUGAAUGGUUUGAUUAUUCUGCAGGAGCACAUGCGGAUGAUGGUUAAGUUUUGGGGAUGGAGAGUUUUUGGUCGGUCUGUUUUCAAUACUGCUGCUGUCGUGCUUGAUUUUUUCCUGCAGUGUGUGUAAUUUAGAUUUUUUCUGGUCAAACAUAUUUUCUUGAGUCUGAAAUAUACCACUAUGAUUUUCA